AUGGCGGCUAAGCUACGAUUCAAGUGCACAAACAACAUGGCUGAGUAUGAAGCUUGCAUUCUCGGUUUGAAGAUGGCCGUUGACAUGAAUGUUUACGAGUUACUGGUUAUUAGGGAUUCAGACCUCUUGAUUCACCAUGUUCAAGGAGAAUGGGUUGUGAAGAACCCGAAGAUUGUACCUUAUGUACAAUAUGUGCAAAACCUUUGUAAAAGGUUUCGCAAGAUCGAGUUCAGACAUACUCCCCGAGUACAGAAGGAAUUAGCUGAUGCUCUUGCCACCAUCGCUUCAAUGAUCAAACAUUCGGACGCUGAUUAUAUUGACCCUCUGGAUAUAGAUUUGAAGGAGCAUCCCAGAUACUUAGAGUCUGGGACAUAUCCAGAAGAUGCUACAUCUAAUCAAAAGAAAUCGAUACGUCGUAUGGCUCUAAAUUUCUUUUUCAAUGGAGAAGUCCUGUAUAGGAGGACUCCAGAUCUGGGUCUUUUAAGAUGUGUAGAUGCUGCUGAAGCUAUGAGGCUUAUUGAACAGAUACAUGCUGGAGUUUUUGGUACACACAUGAACGGGCUUACUUUAGCAAGAAAGAUUCUUCGAGCCGGCUAUUUCUUGAUGACUAUGGAGAACGACUGUUUACAUCCCUACUCUUUCGAAAUAGGGCGAAACGUCGCGGCAACUCGAAAAUAA